AUGCAUGUAAGCAUGCGUUACUGGAUACCUAGGGACGCAUAAUAUGGAAUGAUGGCGAUAGAAUACGCCAGCCAGCCUUGGGACGGCUAAAUUCACCAGGGCUUGUCACUUACACAAAAUGUCUGUCACGCUACAUGCCAAAAUAACCCUGGACGCUUUGGAAAAUAGCAGUUAAGGCAGUCGAACGAUAUUGACUUGCAUUGGUUUUGUGCCACAAAUGCAAAAAAAUAUAAAAUUGGAGACAGUGGCCAGGUAAACCAAACCAAACCAAAGCAUGGAUUGCUGUCAUACCGUGUCCAUCAACUACUUACAGGGCAAGAAAACCAAUAUGAAAUGUUGUAAUUUGGGUGAACUAUCCCUUUAAAUAUGUCUCAUGAAUCUACCCAGUACUGUACAUUUUUUUGCUAAUCCUCUGAAUUAUUAUUAUUGAUCCUAGUUUGAAUCCAUAGUACUUGUCAGGGAGAUGGAGCUAAUUGGUGGUAUUGAGCACAAUAUACUACUGUAAGUGAUAAAGGAAUUAAUAUAAUAUCUCUCUACUUACAGUCCAUCGACCCCGGGCAGCAGUUCACGUGGGAACACUCCAACCUGGAAGUCAACAAACCAAAGAACAGAUAUGCUAAUGUGAUAGCAUACGACCACUCCAGAGUCCUGCUAUCGGCUAUUGAUGGUAAGCAGCUCUCCCCUUGGCUUGAAAUGACUGUCGAGUAAGUCUACUUAUAUACCACUGUCUUCUGUCCCCUAGGAGUAUUAGCAUACAUUGAGCUAUGGUAUCCAUGAAAUCAUAUACACACUGCCACGGUUUUGCAGGUGAAUUUAAGAUUUCAAUAACAUUCCUAUAUGAGGAAUUACUUUAUAAAUGUUUUUUUCCUCUCAAAGCGUUUCCUCCACCUACUGUUUCCAUGCGUCUUCAGACUAUCAGCCAUGAUGUUUUAUUCAACCUAUAAAGGACCUCAAUUGAACUCUUAUCACGCAUAUCUUCAUGAUGUCUUUCUAUCGGUAGUUUGUUUCAGCUAACAGUUAUUUUUUUGAAGAGCUAGUUAAUCCAGCUCUCUUCUGUCACGCACAAGCACACACACACACACACACACACACACACACACACACACACACACACACACACACACACACACACACACACACACACACACACACACACGUCUAAUGAACCAUUUCCAUUUAAUAUUUCCCAUAGACAAAAAACAAAAACAAAAACAUAAACAGACUUCUGCUCUCCCAGUAAGUAGAUAAAGUCUCUUUGCAGUCUCCCAGAAAGCCCAUGCAGCUGAGAGUGUUGAUGGACCCCAUUAACUAGGCAUAAACACACAUCUGUACGCCCACAUCGACGCCUUUGUGAGGGAGGAAACCGCUACUCUGCCAGACAGGCUUGUGGGACUUCCCCCCAGAGCUCUAAACAAAGCCAUUGGCAACCAGGACUUCUUUGUUUACUUUGAUUGAGUUAUUUUGGCGUGAGGGACUUGGAAUGGAGGAAGACUUCCUUGGCUGCUUUUGGAAUCCCCUGAUUUGUGGUAAAGUGUAGGGUAGACUACAUUUACAUUUACAUUUACAUCAUUUAGCAGAUGCUCUUAUCCAGAGCGACUUACAAAUUGGUGCAUUCAAUUUAUGAAAGCCAGUGGGACAACCACUUGUUUUUUUUGUUAGUUUUUUUUAUGGGGGGGGGGGGGGGGGGGGGGGGGGGUAGAAGGAUUACUUUAUACUAUUCCAGGUAUUCCUUAAAGAGGUAGGGUUUCAAGUGUCUCCGGGAGGUGGUCAGUGACUCUGCUGUCCUGGCGUCGUGGGGGAGCUUGUUCCACCAUUGGGGUGCCAGAGCAGCAAAUAGCUUUGACUGGGCUGAGCGGGAACUGUGCUUCCGUAGAGGUAGGGGAGCUAGCAGGCCAGAGGUGGAUGAACGUAGUGCCCUCGUUUGGGUGUAGGAUCUGAUCAGAGCCUGAAGGUAAGGAGGUGCCGUUCCCCUCACAGCUCCGUAGGCAAGCACCAUGGUCUUGUAGUAGAUGCGAGCCUCAACUGGAAGCAAGUGUAGUGUGCGGAGGAGCGGGGUGACAUAAGAGAACUUGGGAAGGUCGAACACCAGACGGGCAGCAGCGUUCUGGAUAAGUUGUAGGGGUUUAAUGGCACAGGCAGGGAGCCCAGCCAACAGCGAGUUGCAGUAAUCCAGACGGGAGAUGACAAGUGCCUGGAUUAGGACCUGUGCCGUAGGUAGGGUUGUACUUUGCGAAUGUUGUAGAGCAUGAACCUGCAGGAUCGGGUCACCGCUUUGGUGUUAGCGGAGAACGACAGGGUGUUGUCCAGGGUCAGGCCAAGGUUCUUUGCACUCUGGGAGGAGGACACAAUGGAGUUGUCAACCGUGAUGGCGAGAUCAUGGGGCGGGCAGUCCGUCUUCCCCGGGAGGAAGAGCAGCUCCGUCUUGCCGAGGUUCAGCUUGAGGUGGUGAUCCGACAUCCACACUGAUAUGUCUGCCAGACAUGCAGAGAUGCGAUUCGCCACCUGGUUAUCAGAAGGGGGAAAGGAGAAAAUGAAUUGUGUGUCGUCUGCGUAGCAAUGAUAGGAGAGACCAUGUGAGGAUAUGACAGAGCCUAGUGACUUGGUGUAUAGAGAGAAUAGGAGAGGGCCUAGAACUGAGCCCUGGGGGACACCAGUGGUGAGAGCACGUGGUGCGGAGACAGAUUCUCGCCACGCCACCUGGUAGGAGCGACCUGUCAGGUAGGACGCAAUCCAAGAGUGAGCAGCGCUGGAGAUGCCCAACUCGGAGAGGGUGGAGAGGAGGAUCUGAUGGUUCACAGUAUCAAAGGCAGUGGAUAGGUCUAGAAGGAUAAGAGCAGAGGAGAGAGAGUUAUCUUUAGCAGUGCGGAGAGCCUCCGUGACACAGAGAAGAGCAGUCUCAGUUGAAUGACCAGUCUUGAAACCUGACUGGUUUGGAUCAAGAAGGUAAUUCUAAGAGAGAUAGCAGGAGAGUUGGCUAGAGACGGCACGCUCAAGAGUUUUGGAGAGAAAAGAAAGAAGGGAUACUGGUCUGUAGUUGUUGACAUCGGAGGGAUCGAGUGUAGGUUUUUUGAGGAGGGGUGCAACUCUCGCUCUCUUGAAGAUGGAAGGGACAUGGCCAGCGGUCAAGGAUGAGUUGAUGAGCGAGGUGAGAAGGUCUCCAGAAAUGGUCUGGAGAAGAGAGGAGGGGAUAGGGUCAAGCGGGCAGGUUGUUGGGCGGCCGGCCGUCACAAGUCGCAACAUUUCAUCUGGAGAGAGAGGGGAGAAAUAAGUCAAAGCAUAGGGUAGGGCAGUGUGAGCAGGACCAGCGGUUUCAUUUGACUUUUAGCGUUGGCUAUGCUAGAGGGGAAUUGAGUGACACUUAACUUGAACCCUCGGUCCUUACAGGCCCACAUAACAAUGUCAUGAUAAUCAUUUACAUUUACAUUUUAGUCAUUUAGCAGACGCUCUUAUCCAGAGCGACUUACAGUUAGUGAGUGCAUACAUUAUUAUUUUUUCAUACUGGCCCCCCGUGGGAAACGAACCCACAACCCUGGCGUUGCAAACGCCAUGCUCUACCAACUGAGCUACAUCCCUGCCGGCCAUUCCCUCCAAUACCCUGGACGACGCUGGGCCAAUUGUGCGCCGCCCCAUGGGUCUCCCGGUCGCGGCCGGCUACGACAGAGCCUGGAUUCGAACCAGGAUCUCUAGUGGCACAGCUAGCACUGCGAUGCAGUGCCUUAGACCACUGCGCCACUCGGGAGACCAUAAUGUUAUAACAUAUGUCAUAAACAGUCACAACACAACAUGUUCAGCAUCAUCUGUUGACUUGUCAUAGUCAUUAAUCAUGUCCACAACAUGUUGUUGUUGUUGUUGUGUGUCAUACGACGUGAAUACCACUUAAUUAAUUUGUAUGCUUCCACAGGACUUUCAUUUAGUUAGCCAACCUUUGUGUCUUCCCCCCAUUUUGAACUUCAAACCAUCCAUCAAAAUGUCUCCUUUCAUUUUGACAUUCCUCACCAGAUGAAUACACAUUAUGUAAGCAAACAUCUGUAUAGUCAGUUUUCCACUGUACUCUGCUCCAAAGCUGUCCUUGGACUCUAUUCUUAACUCAGUUGAGACGCAGUUCAAAGUGGGCAAACUUGAGUCACUGGCCAGCUGUUUCUCAAAAGGUCAGCUAGUUGGAAAUCACAACAUAAUCACGGUUUUCCGUGCUUGAUCAAGGAGCUUUUAAAGUCCAGCUGUACUGGUUAUUCUCCAAUUGUUGGAAAGUUAUGAUGCCGUCAUAAAUCGUGAAGGCAGGUUGAUGAUGAAGCGGCGGAGAGAAGCAGACUCAUCAAAUCAAAUCAAAUGUGAUUUGUCACAUGCUUCAUAAAAAACAACAGGUGUAGACUAACAGUGAAAUGCUUAAUUACGGGCCUUUCCUAAUAAUGCAGAGAAAAAUAAAUUAAAAAUAGCAUAUAUAUAUAUAUAUAUAUAUAUAUAUAUAUAUAUAUAUACAGCUCUGGAAAAAAAUAAGAGACCACUGCACAUUUGUUCUUAAAUCAGCAUCUCUACAUGUAUGACAGCCAUUCCAUUCCAGUGUCUGUUGAAUUCCAACACAGGCACACCUCAUUCUACUGAAUUAGGUACUGAUUAGGUGAUCACCUGAACCAAAUCUUAUUUAACAGGGAAAAGUAUAAAAACCACUGCUGUGGUUAUCACUAUUCUCUUGCAAUAGGACCAGCUGGAUGGCAAAAACAGUGCUAAUAGUACCUCAAAAGUAAUAUUAAUUAAAAAAAUUACUAUUGACCAUGCCAAAAGAGUUGAAAAGGAAAGUUUUGAGUGAGGAAAAGAAAGGUUCAAUUCUGGCGUUACUGCCAGAGGGAUACAGUGAGCGUCAGGUUGCUUCCAUCCUUAAAAUUUCAAAGACGGCGGUUCAUAAGAACAAAGUCAAGCAGCAGACAUUGGGGACAACAAAGCUACAGACCGGCAGAGGGUGAAAACGACUCUCUACUGACCGGUAUGACUGCCAACUCAUUCGAAUGUCACUCAACAACCGUAGGAUGACACCUAGUGACCUACAAAAAGAAUGGCAAAUGGCAGCUGGGGUGAAGUGCACGGCGAGGACGGUUCGAAACAGGCUCCUAGGGGCAGGGCUGAAGUCGAGCAAAGCUAGAAAAAAGCCCUUCAUCAAUGAGAAGCAAAGAAGAGCCAGGCUGAGGUUUGCAAAAUACCAUAAGGAUUGGACCGUAGAGGACUGGAGUAAGGUCAUCUUCUCUGAUGAGUCCAAUUUUCAGCUUUGCCCAACACCUGGUCGUCUAAUGGUUAGACGGAGACCUGGAGAGGCCUACAAGCCACAGUGUCUCGCACCCACUAUGACAUUUGGUGGAGGAUCGGUGAUGAUCUGGUGGUGCUUCAGCAAGGCUGGAAUAGGGCAGGUUUGUCUUUGUGAAGGACAAAUGUAUCAAGCCACGUACAAGGUUGUCCUGGAAGAAAACUUGCUUCCUUUUGCUCUGACAUUGUUCCCCAACUCUGAGGAUUGUUUUUUCCAGCAGGACAAUGCGCCAUGCCACACAGCCAGGUCAAUGAAGGUGUGGAUGGAGGACCACCAGAUCAAGACCCUGUCAUGGCCAGCUCAAUCUCCAGACUUGAACCCCAUUGAAAACUUCUGGAAUGUGAUCAAGAGGAAGAUGGAUGGUCACAAGCCAUCAAACAAAGCCGAGCUGCUUGAAUUUCUGCGCCAGGAGUGGCAUAAAGUCACCCAACAUCAAUGUGAAAGACUGGUGGAGAGCAUGCCAAGACGCAUGAAAGCUGUGAUUGAAAAUCAUAUUGAUUUCUGAACUCUUCCUAAGUUAAAACAUUACUAUUGUGUUGUUUAAAAAUGAACAUGAACUUAUUUUCUUUGCAUUAUUCGAAGUCUGACAACACUGCAUCUUUUUUGUUAUUUUGACCAGUUGUCAUUUUCUGCAAAUAAAUGCUCUAAAUGACAAUAUCUUUAUUUGGAAUUUGGGAGAAAUGUUGUCAGUAGUUGAUAGAAUAAAACAAAAAUGUUAUAUUUACCCAAACACAUACCUAUAAAUAGUAAAACCAGAGAAACUGAUAAUUUUGCAGUGGUCUCUUAAUUUUUUCCGCAGCUGUAUAUAUGCAGUACCAGUCAAAAGUUUUUACACACCUACUCAUUCAAGGGUUUUUCUUUAUUUUUACUAUUUUCUACAUUGUAGAAUAAUAGUGAAGACAUCAAAACUAUGAAAUAACACAUAUGGAAUCAUGCAGUAACCAAGAAAGUGUUAAACAAAUCAAAAUAUAUUUUAUAUUUGAGAUUCUUCAAAGUAGCCACCCUUUGCCUUGAUGACAGCUUUGUACACUCUUGGCAUUCUCUCAACCAGCUUCACCUGGAAUGCUUUUCCAACAGUCUUGAAGGAGUUCCCACAUAUGCUGAGCACUUGUUGGCUGCUUUUCCUUCACUCUGCGGUCCAACUCAUCCCAAACCAUCUCAAUUGGGUUGAGGUCGGGUGCUUGUGGAGGCCAGGUCAUCUGAUGCAGCACUCCAUCACUCUCCUUCUUGGUCAAAUAGCCCUUACACGCAGUCGUGGGUGAACAGGGAGUACGGGAGGGGACUAAGCACGCACCCCUGAGGGGCCCUUGUGUUGAGGGUCAGCGUGGCGGACGUGUUAUUGCCUAUCCUCACCACCUGGGGGCGGCCCGUCAGGAAGUCCAGGAUCCAGUUGCAGAGGGAGGUGUUUAAUCCCAGGAUCCUUAGUUUAAUGAUGAGUUUGGAGGGCACAAUGGCGUUGAACGCUGAGCUGUAGUCAGUGAACAGCAUUCUCACGUAGGUGUUCCUUUCGUCCAAGUGGGAAAGGGCAGUCUGGAGUGCAAUAGAGAUUGCGUAAUCUGUGGGUCUGUUGGGGCGGUAUGCGAAUUGGAGUGAGUCCAGGCUUUCUGGGAUGAUGAUGUUGAUGUGAGCCAUGACCAGCCUUUCAAUGCAUUUCAUGGCUACAGAUGUGAGUGCAAUGGGGCGAUAGUCAUUUAGACAGGUUACCUUGGCGUUUUGGGGCACAGGGGCUAUGGUGGUCUGCUUGAAACAUGUCGGUAUUACAGACUGGGUCAGGGAUAGGUUGAAAAUAUCAUUGAAAACACUUGCCAACUGGUCAGUGCAUGCUCUUGAGUACGUGUCCUGGUAAUCCGUCUGGCCCUGCGGCCUUGUGAAUGUUAACCUUUUUAAAGGUCUUGCUCACAUCAGCUAUGCACUCAUGACAUCUUGCCUGGGCUUACAGGCCAACCUAGUACUCUAAAAGAGGACUUUUACCAAAAGUUACUUCAGUGUGUAUUAUGCCUCGUAAAAUGGAUAACCAUUAAAAUUCCUAACACACAUGCCACUUUCAGACUUUUCUAAGACAAGCUACCAAUUUUACAUUUUACAUUUUAGUCAUUUAGCAGACGCUCUUAUCCAGAGACUUACAGUUAGUGAGUGCAUACAUUUUUUCAUACAUUUUGUAGGUGAUUCUUCGAUCACUUGCCAGGUUUGAUAUCUGCACCAUAGUAUUAGUUGUGUUUCUUUCUUGAUAACGAUAUUGAAAGUCUUGCAAGCAGAUGGUUGCGUUCUCCACAAAAAAAAAGACACUCCAGCCGUCUGCCGAGAAACCAUUUAGCAAAUAGGCGUCCAGACACUCUUGUUUUGAUUAAAUCAUGAUAGUGUCUCUUUUUCCUUGCCCGUCCAUUUUGAAAGCUUGGGGCUUAAUUGUCUUUCUCCCUUGUCCAUCAUGGAAAUAUACAGCCAGGCAACGGCUGUAGUAAAGGGUUUAGGAGAGAAAAGGAAGGGAGGAGAAAAAAAGGACGGGUAAGAAAUGUUGGGUUUUGAAUGAGCUCACACUCUCUCUCUUUUUGGUUGCACUAAAUAAGUUACCUGGGAGAAAAGGGGAAGGGUAGAGGAGAGGGGGAAGAGCUGGAGCGUGGGCGGUUGCCUGUGGAAACGUGGCACCCAUGCAGAUGAAACUUAUCUUGGUAGUCCAUGUGUGCGCCGGGCCCCCAACUGCCAGUCCCGAAGCAUUGACUAACUGUCAACUCUGUCUUCUCCUCUUCCCGGAUUGGAAAAGACCACAGCGCUUUCAUUUAGCAAGCGGUGAAAAAAAGAGGAGAGUAGAAGGUUUUGUUGUUUGUUUUUCUCUCUGUGAGGUUGAGGAGAGAGGUGGGGAGAAGGCGUUUUUCAAAGCCAAACUCUAUCUCUGAAGUUCACUGUAGAUUACGGAAAUGCUCUUUUUGGAAUCAUCGUUACGUUCAAGAGGAAGAUAACGAUUGACACAGUGAUUCAACAAGUAGGCCGCCAUUUUGUGUGGACAGAUGACACAAAAGGUACACAAUGGCAAAGCUUAAACGAAAAACACAGUAUAGACUGUUUGCCUGGGUAGUGUCUGAGUAAGUAAACUAACUCUGGAGUCGUGUCCUUUUAGUUUGAAAGAACUCGGUCAGGAUUAAGUGUUGUUUACUGUCAAAACAACUGAAGGUAUUGAGUUGGACUAGCAGGGGUCUAAACCUCUAAGCACUAGCAGAGUGGGACUUCACCUUUCACGGUGCCUGCUAGUGGAUGGACUAACAUUAUUGAUCCCUCUGAAACCAAAGCCACUUUUUUUGUCGCUCAUUGGGUUUUCCCUGUGUGUCGUACAACCAAGGUUAAUCACUCUCCACACACAGACCACACACACACACACAUCAUCCAUUCUAAUCCCUUUCCCUCCUCUUUCCAAGGUAUCCCUGGAAGUGAUUACAUCAACUCCAACUACAUUGACGGCUACAGGAAGCAGAAUGCGUACAUCGCCACGCAGGGCUCGCUGCCUGAGACGUUUGGGGACUUCUGGAGGAUGAUCUGGGAACAGCGGAGUGCCAACAUUGUCAUGAUGACCAAGCUGGAGGAGAGAUCCAGGGUAAGCACAGAUCUGGGAUCAGCCCUAUGGGAUCUUAAAUUCAUGUGAUUGUCGUGCUCUGAGUAGAAUGUGUCUUUAGCAGAGGUCUAUUACAAAGGUCCACAUUAUCCUACCCUAACAUUAGUCAGAGUCAAAUAAUCAACAUUUAGUAAUUCUACGAAUUUCAAUAUAUGGCACACGUGUCAUAUUAUUGGAUUUGUAAAGUAGAAAAAGUCAGGCACUGAAAUGUGUAAUUAUGCCAUUGUUAUAUGAAUUGACUCAGGCGUCUACAUUUUAAUAUCAGUGUACGUGGUCUGUAAAGCAAGUAUACCGGAAUAUAAUUUGAGAUUCCAGAUAUACUUGUCAGAUGCAAAAUAGGUACAAUUCAAUGUGCCUAUUUUCUAUUGUUUACUUCCAAGCUUUAUUGAAACUGAAACGUUAUACCCUAACUCAUGGCUCCUCCAUUUUCAUCUGUAAUGCAAAUACCUGCCUUAACAUUUUCUUUGACCUGCCCAUUCUUCCUUUCAUUCUGUGUUCCUAUUUUUGUGUGUGUUUUGUGUCAUGUUCCUUCAGAUUCCCUCAUAUUUCUAUUCUAAGGCAAGACAUCUUGCAUUCUGUUGCCAAUGGAUGUCACUCCUUCGCCACAACAUGAGUUUUCCUUUUGUUCUUUUUAGUAUCAGUGCUGCUAUACCGUUAUUGUAGUUAGUCACAUGGCCACUAGGUUAGCCAGCAGCACUGCUUUAAAGGGGCAAUCUGCAGUUGCUACAUCCAUUUUAAAUGAAUUAUACAUACCCAUUGAUUCUUGAAGAAUUUAACAAAUAUAUGCCUCAUGAGCUUAGUUCAAUAGUCACACUCCAUCAGGACCCAAUAUAUAAGCUGGUUUUGCUCCUUUGUUUGUAAACAAUGUAAUUGUAAACAAACACUGUAUAGCCUCAAAACAUAGUUAAAAGUAUAAUGUUAAUGUCAUGGAUGGUCAGUACUCUGUCUAUGAAUUUGAGAGUGGUCACAUAUGUGGUCACAGCCCCAUCCCUCAGCUUUAUACCAAAACAGUUGUGGGGUGCCGCUUUGUUAUUGUUUGAACUGCAGAUUGUCCUUUUAAGCUAUAGCUGAAUUUGUCGCUAAUGCUAAAAUGUCUGUCACUCGGCACAAGAACCAAGCACACAGCACUUUUCACUCUUUUAAGGUUAAAAUACACACUUUUGUCUGGCACUGCAAGGUCUCUUAUGUAUGUUUGAAAUCACAAAGAAACAAAGACUGCAUGGUCUCCACAAGUUGCAAGGUCUUUCACACAAUUCCUUCUCUAACGAUAUUAACUUGUUUACAAAGGUCUCUCAAGAGGAGAACAGUUCAAUGUAUUCCACCUUACAUUUCACUGUAUUACCUGGUAGAACUGAAUGAAUAGAUGUUAUGAAUGGAUUGCUUUCACUAUUCGCUAGCCUAUAUUGUAGACCCGACUGCAUGUUUUGAUGUCUGGUUCAGUUGUGAAUACAUACAAAAGCUGCCUCAUAGACCUUUGUCACGCUUUAGUGGCUUGUUUGACAACAUUUUGAUGAUUUAAUAUGCUUCAUUGUGUAGCUAACUAAUACCACCAUCUUCUGUAUCGAUCCUUUGGAUGGUUGGCUCGAAACAACUGAAGCUCUCUUCGUAGGAUGGACAUUGACUCGGAGCAGAUGCUCUUAUACACUAUAUAUACAAAAGUAUGUGGACACCUCUUCAAAUUAGUGGAUUCGGCUAUUUCAGCCACACCCGUUGCUGACAGGUGUAUAAAAUCGAUCACACAGCCAUGAAAUCUCCAUAGAUAAGCAUUGGCAGUAGAUGGCCUUACUGAAGAGCUCAGUGACUUUCAACGUGGCACCGUCAUAGGAUGCCACCUUUCCAACAAGCUGCCUCUGGAAGCAACGUCAGCACAAUAACUGUUCGUCGGGAGCUUCAUGAAAUGUGUUUCCAUUGCUGAGGAGCCGCACACAAGCCACCAUGCGCAAUGCCAAGCGUCGGCUGGAGUGGUGUAAAGUUCGCCGCCAUUGGAAUCUGGAGCAGUGGAAACGCAUUCUCUGGAGCGAUGAAUCACACCAUCUGGCAGUCCGACGGAAGAAUCUGAGUUUGGCAGAUGCCAGGAGAACGCUACCUGCCCUAUUUAUAGUGGCAACUUUAAAGUUUGGUGGUGGAGGAAUAAUUGUCUGGGGCUGUUUUUUAUGAUUCGGGCUAGGCCCCUUAGUUCCAGUGAAGGGAAAUGUUAACGCUACAGCAUACAAUGACAGGCCUUAUCGCCCAACAUCAGUGCCUGACCUCAAUUUGUGGCUGAAUGGAAGCAAGUCCCCGCAGCAAUGUUCCAACAUCUAGUGGAAAGCCUUCCCAGAAGAGUGGAGGCUGUUAUAGCAGCAAAGGAGGGACCAACUCCAUAUUAAUGCCCAUGAUCUUGGAAUAAGAUGUUCGACAAGCAGGUGUCCACAUACUUUUGGUCAUGUAGUGUAUGUUUUUCUUGGUUGUUCUCAUCCCAAAGACUUUCCUAAAGUGGUGGAAAUUUCUAUUGUAAACAUUUAAGAAUCUUUAGAUUAUUGAAAUUGUGUAUCCUUACUGCACCACCUAAAAGGAUUUCGAGACAGCUUUUCUGUUGAUUAUACACUGACAACUAAAAUAAUCUAUUCUCAAUUGAGUUUCAGCAGCAGUAUAUUACCUUCCACUGUAUGUAAGAUGAGAGUAGUACAGUGUAUGAGGUAAGGCAUCUGCAUAAAGACUCUUCGAGUUCACUGUGCAUCCCUUUUGCAGCGAAACGACAAUACUGUAAUGGAGGUUGUGUUUUAUUGGCUGUUUGCUGGACGACAAAAAUGCUAUAACCAUAAUAAACGUGGGCGUGUAAUGCGAUUGGAAAACUGCAGUUAAGAUUGUAAUUAUAGAACCUGUCAGGCUAAUAAAUAGCACUGUCGGGCUUGAGUGGAACUUCUUAGCUGGGCUUGUUUCCUCCAUUGUGAAAUCACACAAGUCAGCACAGCAGCAUAGGAAAGACUUGGCAGCCUCGCUUCCCUGUUUGCCUCGCAUCGACUUUCCUUUAUGACGCUGGAUGAGUAUGUGUCAGCUAUGUCUAUUAGGGUCAGUAUAGUUCUAUCUCAGACAGUCAUUCAGAGAGUUAGAGGACAGAAAUGGAGCAUUGAGGAUCAGAUCACAUCAGAUCAGAACUUUGUCAUACUGUUGUUAGGGAUGUGUAGCAGGGGAGUCCUGUCCAUUGAAACUGAGGGGGGCACAGACCCUCUAAGUUUAACUAUUUGUACACUGAAAAUAUGGAAGAUAUAGUUUAUUUGACAUACUUCAAACAAAGUAGGUGCAUGAUGCCUCUGUUUGUUGGAAGCUGGUUAGAGGCAGAGUUGUUCGAAGUUUUGACCAAACCAGUUGUCUAACGUGACUUAUUUUCUAUCAAUUUCAGGUGAAAUGUGAUCAGUACUGGCCCACUAGAGGGACGGAGACCUACGGCCUCAUCCAGGUGACGCUGUUGGACACGGUGGAGCUGGCCACAUACUGCGUCAGGACAUUUGCACUUUAUAAAGUAUGUUUUAUUUCUUCUUAUUAAUUUAACCUUCAACUUUAUUUCACCCGGAAGUCAGACACCAAAUUCCGGUCUGUACCAAGAACUCCGAGAACUAACACAGUCCAACCAUCUCCUUGUUCAGUAUAUGUGUAUUGAACUGAGUUUAACUGAUAACCAUAGCCACGGGCCAGUAGCUUUACUCUAUUCCCCUGACAUCAUUGGUGCAGUGUCUUUGAGAUGUUAUAUAUCUUUUUUAAUUGGACCACACCUCCUGUCACCUAAAGGCAUUGAAGUAUUAUUGACCGACUUUUCCUCUCUCUAUCAGAAUGGCUCCAGCGAAAAAAGAGAGGUGAGGCAGUUCCAGUUCACGGCCUGGCCGGACCACGGGGUACCCGAGCACCCCACUCCGUUCCUGGCCUUCCUCAGACGGGUCAAAGCCUGUAACCCCCUAGACGCAGGGCCGAUGGUGGUACAUUGCAGGUAA